GCCCGUCAGCGCGCGCUGGUCCCGGUUUUUGUCCCGGUUUUGGGUCCGCUCCGCCGUUAAACGCGCCGGUAAGAUGUCUAAGAUCGAGAUGCUGCGGCUGCUCAUCACGCAGCGGCUCACGGAGGCCGCGGAGGAGAUCUUCGGGGUGUUCGGGAGGACCAUCGCCGAGUACGAGGAGGAGAUCUCCCGCUCCAAGCUGGAGAUCGACCGGCAGCGGCGGCUGCUGGAGCUCCGCAGGACGCCGCGGGUCUCCGUGCGGCCCGACGGCUCAGCUCUCUGCGAGCAGCAGGACUGGGGCUCCGGUCUGGACCUGAACGAGAUCAAACCUCCCUCCAUCAAAGAGGAAGAGGAGGAGGAGCUGUGGCAGGAGGAGGCGCCGCGGGCCGACGACCACAACGAUGUCAAGUUCGUGUUGUUCCGGAGCGGCGGCACCAGGACCGAGCAGGACGACGACCACAUGGCCUCCUCGCUCUCAAAGCUCCAGGACCUGGAGGACUCGGAGCUGGACGCCCAGCCGGGGACCUCGCUCCAGCAGACUUGCUCCGACCUGGACGAGGACGCCCCCGACGCUUCGGAUCCAGCUUCAGGUAACGGCGACUGCGUGGACUUGGACGCGCCGCUGUCCGAGGUGGUGGACUCGUACAUUUGCACCAUCUGCGGCCGCGCGUUCGCUCAGCGAGGCCACUGGGCCAAACACGUGCAGGUGCACCGCAAGGUCGAGACCAAAGCCGACAAAUCGUACACGUGCGAUAUUUGCGGGAAGAGGCUGACGCGGUUUGACGGUUAUCAGAAACACUUGCGGAUUCACACGGGCGAAAAGCCGUACAGCUGCGAUGAGUGCGGGCGCAGAUUCAGCGACAACUCCAACUACAAACGACAUAUCCGCACACACACGGGACAGAAAACGGCGCAGAGCUGAGGCCGCAGGGC